CAAUGUGACUUCCUGGAAAAGGCAGCAUGAGUGCUAUAAAUCAGGAAGUGUCUGGGCCAUGUGCAGUGUAUUUCUGGAAGUACAAGAGCUGAACACCACUCAUAAAGAGGAGGAACUCUACUGAGGGCUGCCUAUGAACCAUGAAUGCCACAUAUUGUAAAGCAAUCAGCUUUGGUUUUCCACAGAAUUUUCUGCCUCCUGUCUUCAUCCUAGUGUUCAUUAUUGGGCUGAUAGCAAAUGGAUGGGGAUUGAACUCUUUGCGGCGCAACUGGAAGAAACUGGGGAAUGUCAACGUUUUCGUCCUCAACCUUGGAAUUGCAGACAUUUUGUAUCUGCUCACUCUCCCUUUUCUGAUUGUGCACUACCUUAAAGGGAGUAAAUGGAUCUUUGGAGAAACAUUCUGCAAGGUAACAAGAUUCUGCUUCAACCUGAAUUUGUACUGCAGCAUCGGCUUCCUCACAUGUAUAAGUGUGUACAGGUACCUGGCCAUCGUACAUCCAAUGAAAGUGAUGGGGAGAUUUACUGUGACUCACUCGGUAAUAAUCUCAGCCGUUGUUUGGAUUUUAGUGACCCUUCAAAGCCUUCCAGACAUGUUCUUUCCAAAAAAUGCAGGAAACAAUACUUUACAAUGUUUUGAUACAACCGAUGGUGAAUAUGUUGAGGAGUACCUGCAGUACAGCCUCAGCUGGACAAUAACUGGAUUCUGCAUCCCGUCCCUCAUAACAGUUGCCUGCUAUGGACAUGUGAUCAUUCUUCUCUGCUGCAAAGAUAAUAUUGACAAAGUCCUCAAGCAAAGAAGCUUGAAACUGUUAAUUAUCCUAAUUCUUCUCUUUUCAAUCUGCUACAUUCCUUAUCAUGCACUCAAGAACUUAAAUCUCUGGUCAAGAGUUCUUUCCAAACAGAGAAUGUGCUACAAAUGGUUUAACGGAGUCUACAUCGCUCAACGCAUAUGUCGUGGUCUUGUUUGCCUUAACAGUGCUCUCAACCCUCUGGUUUACCUCCAUGUAAAUGAGGAUAUUUCUGCUCAGUUCAGACAGCUGUGCCGGAGAACUCGUCAUGCUGCAAAUCAGCUGUCGGCAAACACCCAAAUUCUCUUCUUAAGCACAUUUAGAAAUACAUGAAAUAAGUCUGAUGCUCAUACCUGUGUAUUGUUCUGGGUCUAUGUUUUGUUACAUGCCUGUAAUACUACACAAAACGCUUACCUUAUCAAUGAAUUACACGUUAUUUUCA